CACCGUGAUGGCCACUCUUCUGCGUAAGAUCGGUCUGAUCCGACUGCACGACCGGGACACAGAGGACCCGAAGCACCAUCCGAAAGGGACUAAGCAAGGCAACCAGAAGAACAGCACCAAGCACUGUCACCAAAACGAGGCGAACAUCCUGAGCACCCCGGAAAUCAAGGCCAAGCGCUCGGACAAGGCUCCCGCCAGGGACAAGCCGAGCAAAGAGGCCAAGGAGAAGCAGCAGACGGGCAGCGCGAAGUCGGGCUCGGGCUCGAGCUCCGCGCCGCCCCCGCCGCCGCCGCCGCUGCAGCUCGCGCCCAACCGGCAGCACUGCGCGCAGGUGCGGACGCGGCGCCUGAUGAAGGAGCUGCAGGAGAUCCGGCGCCUCGGGGACGACUUCAUCACGGUCGAGCUCGCCGACGACAACCUGUACGACUGGAACGUCAAGCUGCACCAGGUGGACAAGGACUCGGCGCUGUGGCAGGACAUGAAGGAGACCAACACCGAGUUCAUCCUGCUCAACAUCUCGUUCCCCGACAACUUCCCGUUCUCGCCGCCGUUCGUGCGCGUGCUGACGCCGCGGCUGGAGAACGGCUACGUGCUGGACGGAGGAGCCAUCUGCAUGGAGCUGCUGACGCCGCGCGGCUGGUCCAGCGCCUACACCGUGGAGGCCGUGAUGAGGCAGUUCGCCGCCAGCCUCGUCAAAGGGCAGGGCCGGAUCUGCAGGAAAGCCGGGAAAUCCAAGAAAGCCUUCAGUCGCAAGGAAGCCGAAGCCACGUUCAAGAGCCUGGUGAAGACCCACGAGAAGUACGGCUGGGUUUCUCCUCCCGUAUCCGACGGCUGAGCAGCUUGCCGUCUUCACAUCGUCCCCUCUUCCCUUUUCCACGCAGCUUUCUCCAGUUUCUCACCUCCGAACAUUCUUUUGUUUAAAAUUACAAAAAAAAAAAAAAAAAAAAAUGAGGUAUCAUCUCACACUGUAUGUCGAUGACUCUUCAUUCGGUUAUAUCUGCCAUUCCUCACUAAGGUGCCAUGGACCACUCGCUCGCCGUGACAUCACAUUUCUAAACGACGAAUGGAUACUACUAACUCGAAGAAAUGAACGAAGCCCUGGGGACAGACCCCCCCAAACCUCACGCUGACGAUCACUCGAUACCUCUCUGUGUUUUGCAGUGUGUUCAUGUCAAUCCCUUCCUUCUCUGGCUCUUCCUCUUCUCCUUCUUCUUCUCCUCUGUUUUCUCUCUUUCCUCUUUUAGAAAUGAUGACACAUUGCACUGAACGGCAUCAGACCUUCUCCUUUCACUGACAUGCAUUGUAACGUUAUUUAAUAGCGAGGCAGAUGGGUGCGGUACAUUCCGAGGUUCAGUGUGGUCUGUUCUUCGGCCGUGCUAUUUAUUUUUCACGGUUUUAAUGCAACAUGAAGAUUGUAACUUAUGUGGAGCUGUGCUCUCUCUAUCUCUCUCUCUUUCUCUCUCUCUCCAUUCCUCUCUUUCUCCCUCUCUCCAUGCGCGUGGCUAAAUUUAGACAUCACUGUGUUGCAUAGCUGGUGAUUGAUUUCUCGUGGAGAUGAUUAAAAAAAAAAAAAAACACUCGUUGCUUACGCAGAGGUACUGUAAAGAUUAAAGAGUGGUAGUGAGCCAUUCUUGCUAAUCAUUAUCAUUAUUAGUAUUAUUCCACAUUUUUCCGUUCGUGGAGAAGACCAAAAGCAUUGGAUUCCGAUGAUGUUGAUACCAGAUGGCAGAACUGAAUGUUAAAGCACGAGAGUGUGAUCCAAGCAGAUGCACCUCCAUGAUGCGCUUUAGGAACGUGCAUGAGAAAGAAGCAAGAAUCUCAUUAGCAUCUUUUUAUUAUUAUUAUUAUUAUUAUUAUUUAUUAUUAUUAUUUUUUUUAAUCCAGAUUUCUCUGUGAGACGCAAAACAAACAAUAGGAGACUGAAUGUACCUGUCUGUGGUCAUGCUCAGAGUGAGACAUACCCCAGGUCCAUUUACAUAGCCAGUGACAUUUUGAAUUUCUCAGUGAAAUAUCCAACAACUCAGGCAUCUGCUUUGCUCACAUUUUAAAAUGCUCGGUAUGUUUUUUUUUUUUUUUUUUUUUUUAAUAACUGCAGACUGAUGAUAAAAGGCUAAUUAAAAUGGCUUGAAAAGGACGGCGUGUUUGUUCAGCAGUGUGUAUUGGUAUUUAUCGACUGCCUCUCCAAAUAUCAGUGUUAAUUCUAAACGCAAUGAGACAUGAUGUCUUCGGUAAGUACCUUUAAGUACGAGGUUUAAAGGAAAAUUCCACCCUCGCAUAUUAAUAUUCAUGACUUGAGCUCGAUCUCCGACGGGAAACCGCAAUUUAUUUUGUAAUGAAAUUUUGGCGGAUUAUUCUUAUUAUUCUCUUCAAUGUCACGCCGGUCAAUAUUUUCACUCUGGAUAACGAUUUCCUUCGUUACCCACAAUGCAGUUCGGCUGCUGAUAGCGGUGGCAUCGGAAAUUAUGCUGUGAUUGAUUGAACUCAAAUCUGAGUUCUAUGCUGUUCAAGUCAAAGCGGGACUUUUGAUUCUGCGCAGAAUAACAGAACACAGUUUUGAGAGUUCAAAACUUCCUUUAUUUCACUAUAUAAUCUCUAUAUAAUCCCCUGCUACACUAAUGCACUUACGCCUGCUUUACCUCUGAAACGCUGGCCUCCCAGGAACUCAAAUAUAUGGAAAUGGUUUGAAGUAAGGUCAGGACUGUACAGGAGAGAACUCCCAGCCGAGUUCCUGUAAUGUGCAAGUGGUGCGGUGCGCAGUAUGAGGUCGUGCAUCGUCCUGCAAAAACAGAUGAUCAAAUCAUUCACUGGUUGAAUGUUCACGUGAACGGCAGCAGGUUAGUUUUUUUUUUUUUUUUAAACGUUUUAAACAUUCAGAUGUUUGCAAACAUUCAAUCUCAUGAACGUAGUGUUUCAAUCGGUUUUACGCCUCCAAUUCACGAGAAAUUUCAUCGCAAGUCCCGGUUUGACUCGAACGCCCCCAUUGAACAUAAUUUGAGCUACAAAGUAGAAAAAGAAAAAAAAACAUGGCUGCCUCUGUGUUAGCCUUUUCCUUAUCAACAAUCUAGUCAGAGAUCUAACUUUAGAGUCAGUAUUAUAAACUCAACAACUGUUAGGUUUUAUGAUGAUUUGGUCUAAAGCUAACGCUUAUGCUAGCUACAUUGUUGACUGGUGAUGAUGUGAGCAGCCAUGUUGAUGUGACGUCACCUUCCGAGUAGGAAUUCUGAGGGUUUUGUUGUUGUUGUUUUUGUCCCAGUUGGAGGUCAAAAACUCAAUACAAGAUACAACUUUUAGUCAAAGCUACACUAGUCCUCGGUUCGCCUUUACCACACAACACUACCUUUCACUACCCUUUACCUAAGAACGGUGACUGAGAAACAAAGCUUUUCCUCUCACUAAGGAACCAACAGCACCUCCACCCCAGGGUUAUCGCUUAUGUUUGAGGUUAUGAAAAUUUUUCUCUAAUUAAACACCAUUCUGUAAAUAUACAAGCAUCGACAAAAAACCUAGACAUGACAAAUAUUUUUACUAUAAUCCAGUUUAUUGUUUACGGGUGGUGUUUUCCUUUAUAUGACGACUUGUGAAUGGAAGCAGUCUGUUUUUUCUCCUACAGUACAUCUCACACUUCCUGGUUUAUGUGACCGCACGCCUCACAGCAGAAAGCCUGAUUAUAGCCUCCGGUGCUUCAGGGAACAUUAAAUGUCAUAAGGGAAGCUGCUAAUUACCAUGACAUUUGACGGAAAAGAAAAGCAGUGAAUAAAUUCCAGACACUCUGAGGUUGACGAUGGCCUUUCACAAAGGAUGAUGCAGGUUCGACUUGUGACUCAAAUCCUAACCGUUCGUCUGGGGGAGGAAAAAAAAAAACUUCCCAGAGUGCACAUGGGUUCUUGAAAAGAUUUAAUUCAGGGAUGACAUGUCACAUCACGUUAUGUGAAGGGAUGAUCCCAGCCUGGACGUGUGCCACAACAAAGAGUAAGAAUUAAGAAGCAGAGGGAUGAUUACUUGGCCUUAUUAGUUUCAUGACUUUCUCCAGCAUCAUGUUUAACAUGAAGCAAAAAAAAAAAAAAGUGCUCAAAGGCAGAUCCAAGUUAUAAUAUACAAAAGUUAUUAUAACCCGGGUUGAGGAUUUUACUUGAUGAUGUAAAGCAUCACAUCAUCACAACUUGCCCCAGACUUUUUUUUUCUUUUUAUUUCCCAUCUGGUACGAAACAAGAUCGCAUCACGCUCUUGGUCUUCUCCGGUCUCUGUUUGGACAGUCCUUUUGAAAAAGUGCUCGUGUGUGUGUUGCUUUUACGGAUUUAGCGGGAGGAGAUACUAUAAACAGCGAAUAAUUAUCACGAUAUCUCGAACGUGGGUGUUUUGCUGGCUUCAAGAGCAUACUUUUGUGAUAUAGCCUAGAGUGGUAGAUUGCAGACACUAACCGAGUUAAAUGUCCAAACAAGUGAGAAGACUUUAUUGUAUUAUAUCUGCAUGUGGUCUGUGAUUGUUAGCUAGGAAUUUUUUUUUUUUUAGAGAAAAGACAGAAAAAUGUGGAGAAAAUAUAAAAAAAAGAAUAUUUUUUUCCCUGUUAUUGUCUGUUACUUUCUUUCUUUUUUAAAAAUGUCUAAAAUGUCAGAUUGUGUUCUAUGAAUGUUUUGUGUUUUAAUUUAUUUGUGGUUUGCCAAAAUAAUUUGGAAGCAUGUUGCAGGUAUUGUCAUUGAUCUCAAAAAAAAAAAAAAAAAAAAAGCGAAACAAAAAAAAGCAAGAAUGAUAUGUACCUGAUUUUGAUGGAAGAGCCUGAUUAUGUGUAGAGAUCUCAGGCUCUGGUGUGGAAGGAAUAAACCGAGGGACGAAUUGUAUUUCCAAGACUUCACAAGCAACAUCACAGGACACAAUGGGAGCAAAACCAAACAGGAAUGUGCAAUAAAUGCUGUAGGCUUAUUCAAACCUGCA